CGAACUAUCCGUGAACUGUUUUGCCAACGAGUACGCUUCCAAUAUUUUCUGUUUGAGAAAACACACUUGUUGCUGUUGCAACUCCAAAUAUUUUUACAGCCGACGCUUUUGCCAUGAAUCAUCGGCUAACAUAUAAAAUAAAGAAAAGCCAUAGUUGAUUGUAAUGGAAAUUUAGAAAACCUCAAACUCGAUAUAGAAGGGAAAAAUAAAGGAAAGGAAGGGAGAGAUAAUUGGAAGCUUGGGGCCAGGUUUAAUUCACUGAAACCAGGCUGCUUGUGUCAUCACGAAACAGAAUUGCCAGUACGUCAUUUCUGUGCUCCCGUCCUCGUAAAAACGGUUUCACUCGUUAAGAAAAAACGAAUAGGCGGUGAAGAGAGAAAAAAGCAGACAGAGAGCGCUUUUAAAAAGCUGACGAAGCGUGCGUUGCCACAACGAGACACACGGUGCUAUUUGUCGUUUUAAAUUGCGCCGCAACUUGUUUUUGAGAUCUUUGCUAGAGACACGUGAAAACACGUUGGAAGUAUAUUUCUUGUUUUUGUGGAAUUUAGCUGGAAAAUGAAAAAUAACGUAAAACAUGUACUUACGACUUACAGAGUAAUCGAAUGUAUACACUAUAAUAACCAGCGAUUUAAGGCUUUAAAAGAUCGAAAGAAAAGAAAAGAAAAGAAGAAAGAUAAUAUGUUGUGGCAGUCUAACUCGAUCUAAGGAAAUAGAGAGGGAGGGGGGGGGCAAAGCUUGUUAAUCUGGAAAGAAUACAAGCAUCAAUUUCAAGCACUUAUAGGGAAUCAAGCGGGCUUGUUAAGGUCAUAUUUCUGGUCUACGCACUCCAGUGCCCGCACAACUUAUAUUAAAACACCUGAUUUUCCCAUUCUACAGCAACAAAUUUCCUGAUCCUUUACAACCAUGAAGGACUUGUAUGCGAAAAUACUUGCUACGAUCAUCUGUUUGCAGACUAUUUUCGUCACUAUCUUCCCGUUAGGGGCUGCGGCUUUAGGAAAACACUGUACUGAUUUCGAAGGAGAAGUUGUCUCGCAUGGAAUGACGUAUGUGCCGGGACCAUCGGUUUGCAACGUCUGCUUCUGUUACCAUUCGGAGCCAAAAUGGUGCCGGGCUAUCUUCUGUUCACCUCCUUUUAGCUGCAAGAAAUUCCGCAUUGGACGCCGAUGUUGCGAGUUCCAGUGCGUGGAUGAGGUUGACACAGGCUAUUGGUUUGGAUCUGAUGUGGUUAUUGUGAAUCGUUCAUCUAAACUUGAAAAACAUAGUGUAUUAUGGAUGCUGAGUUUAGUGAUAGUAAUUGUAGUAUUUUAAUUUCUCAAUAAAGAUUCCGAUGGCGCUGUGGACAAAAUUCGUAGCUUAUAAACAUCAACGAUUAGUUUCAGCCAUCGGGAAAAGAAGUAGUGUAUGUAUGUAGUGUGUUAACGAAGUAGUAAAACGUAGUGUAAAGAAAGUAGUGUAAAAGUAAAGUAGUGUAAAAUUAGUAGUAGUAUGUAAUUCGCACAAAAAAGUAGAUAUUAGUAUUGAUGUUAUUGUAUUCCAUAUUUGACCUUAAAAUAUGAAUAAAAUCUAAUCAGUCUAAGUA